GUGUGCUCACGUAAAUCCAACCAGGACUCGUAACGUAGAAAAACGCUUGUAGAAAUUUGAAAUUUAGGUCUUGUAGAAAUAGAGAGCCUUCUAGUGAGGGUCUGUUCAUUUUCUUUGACUUGGGUCUCGGUGAUUAUGGAUUACCCACUGUAUGAGAACUCUGACGUCUUGUUGAACGAAAAUUCGAACUCCGAAGAAUCCUGGACGAUCCUCAACGACUGUAGUAGCAUGGACAAUAACGAAUAUUUCGGGUGGAAAAUCGAUGAACAAAAUGAGCGGGAAAAGGUCACUCGCAAGAGGAAGUUGUCCGGUAGCCUAGAAGAGCGCAAACCUAAACAGAGCAGCUUCAAGCUGGCCAAGGAUCCUCUUUCCAUUGACGACAAAACCGCUCCCGUGAAGAAGACUUCUCUGCAGAAGGGUACAGCUAAAAUGCCUCACUGGCAAGUUGAGGAUUAUGCAGAUCUCAAUAACGAUAUCGAAACUUCUCUAAAUCUUGGCACAGAACUAGCCAGCAAUACAUACAACGUCAGCGAAGCCAUUCUUUCUAUAAAUGGUAUGACAGUUUUCAAACAAGAAGCACCUUCUCCUACAUCCACCGAGAUGCCACAUCUACAAGUAGUCCGACAGACCCGCCAAAGUCCAACUUCCACCCAGCAGAACAAUCCUGUGAACAGUACCAUGGAAGAUAACAGCCAGAACAUGUUCAACAAUACGAUCAACCAGUUGUUGAGUCAGACCGCUCUAGUGAACCUGCAGAAUGUUAUGGACAAUAAUAAUUUGACAAACUCACCAAAUUCACAAGAUAACUAUGCAGUUUCAUCGACGAAUUACAAUUUAAUAAUCGAAGACUACAGAUUUCAGUACGUAUUGGCGGCGGCAACAAGCAUUGCUACUAAACAAAAUGAAGAUACUCUGACUUACCUGAACCAAGGACAGAGUUAUGAAAUUAAACUUAAGAAACUAGGAGACCUGUCUCUGUACAGAGGGAAAUUGUUAAAAUCUGUUAUUCGCAUAUGUUUCCAUGAACGCCGAUUGCAAUAUAUGGAGAAGGAGCAGAUGGAAUCUUGGCAAAAAGCUAGACCGGGUGACAGGAUUUUAGAGGUGGACGUCCCUCUUUCUUACGGAGCCUAUGAUAUUAUUCAACCAACAAAUGCAGUGAAUCUAGUUCACUUCAACUGGGAUCCUACGAAAGAAGUUGGUGUUUAUAUUAAAGUUAACUGUAUUAGCACUGAAUUUACCCCAAAGAAACACGGUGGCGAAAAAGGUGUUCCAUUUCGCAUCCAAGUAGAGACUUACCAGUACCCCGAAAACACAAAUGGUACAAAGAGGUUACAUGCAGCUGCUUGCCAAAUUAAAGUUUUCAAGCUGAAAGGGGCCGACAGAAAACACAAGCAAGACAGGGAGAAAAUCAUGAAGCGCCCUAUUUCUGAACAAGAAAAAUAUCAGCCCAGCUACGAAUGUACCGUGCUGAAUGAUUUACCUAAUGAUGCAGUGUUAGCUACCCCACCUAUUACACCGGUCAGUCCAGAUCCACCUGAUAGCAGUCCACAAGGACAAAGGAAUCAAGUAGUUGUACGAGUAGAUAAUCCAGUUGGACCACCUCCAACAAAUGGUGUAAAUCCUCAGAAAUCCAUUCCUAAUACUGUUCCCACUGAUACAGAUAAAAAGGAAAGUCCCGUUUCUACUGUUUUAAUUAGCAGCAGUAAUAAUAGUAAUAAUACUCAUCUGACCCAACAGUCUUCUCCCGAAGAGACUGUUCAGUGGCUUUCGAUGAACAGAUUUGAAAAGUACAGUCAAACUUUUGCAAGGUUUUCUGGAGAUGACAUGCUACGUAUGUCACGAGAUGAUUUGAUACAGAUUUGUGGUGAUGCCGAUGGAAUAAGGUUGCACAACGCUUUACAUUUAAAAGCGAUUGCGCCCAAGUUGAAAAUAUAUGUCCGCCGUGAAAACUCUUCAGUGUUUCAUGCCAUCUUUCUCUCUUCACACAGCAACAUUGAGUUGCUGAAGAAGUUAUGUUCUGUGACAGGAGUGUCUCAGGACCAAGUGCGUGAUAUAUAUAUGGAGGGACCGCAGUCCAUUCAUGUUCAAUUGAGUAACGAUGUUCUGCAGCAUAUCAAGGAGGAGACCAUGUUCUCCUUACAGGUGAUGCAAGAGCAAAGCGGCUAUGUGCUGCUGCUUAAACGCACCAGAACAUAAAGUGCAUCUUACUGCACUUGACAAGGACGUUUUACUAAAAACGAAGACUUUUGUAUGCCGUCAUAUAUUUUGAUUAUUACUUACUAUAAUAAAACGAGAAAUAUUUUA